GGAAGAAAGUUUUUAGGACGAAGCAGUUUCUCUAUGAAAACUAAAAGGUUUUAAAAUUGUAAACUAAUGAUUGCAGCAUUACUGUAAACGUUAGAUGCCCUGAAAGCUUCUCUUUAUGCUCAACGUUGUAUAAAAUGUGAUGGAUGCGGAGAAAAUGCUGUUCUGAUCAAAAGCGAAGCGAUGUUACUUCAAUAACCUCUACACAGUGGAGAUGGGUUGUAUUUGUUUGCGAUACAAGUACCAUGUUUGCGGUACAAAUGCAUCGGUGGGCGUUACAAAAUAGAUCAUUGAGAUAAAUUUCGCGGAACGAAUGAUUUAACUCUCGCCAUGCUUGAAAGUUACAUCACUCCAUUGUUAAUGAGCUAUGUCGACAAGUACAUUAAGAACUUGAAGCCAUCUGACCUGAGUUUGUCAUUGUGGGGGGGAGAUGUUGUUCUGUACAACUUAGAAUUGAGACUUGAUGUCUUGGAAAAGGAGUUAAAUCUGCCCAUAACAUUCCUCAGUGGCAAGAUUCACAAGCUUCAGAUUCACAUCCCCUGGACAAAGUUGGGAUCAGAGCCUGUUGAAAUCACGAUCAAUACUCUGGAAUGCAUAGUUCAGUUGAGGUAUCCUGACAGUCCCAGUGACCAAGCAAGUAAAGUCUCUGAGACUUCAUCAACAAUUAGUGAAACACAAAAUGAAGAGCUUGAAAAGGUAUUAGAAGGCAAAGAGGAAGCUCCACCCUCUGGAUAUGUGCAGAGUCUUGUCAACCGGGUCAUCAACAAUGUCUCCAUUUGUGUGAAUAAUGUUAUCCUGAAGUACCUAGAAGAUGACAUUGUGUUGUCAUUAAACAUCAAAUCAGCUGAAACAUUUAGUGUCAACAGUAACUGGGAGAAAGCUUUUGUUGACGUUGUUGCUCCAGACUUCUUACUGCAGAAACUUUGUAAUAUUUCCGAUCUGACAAUUUGCCUUGAUAAGAGAACCUCCAGUGGAAAAAUUGAGCUCUACCAAGAUCCACUAUUGUACAAGUGUGGCUUAAGUUGCCGUAUGCUUUUGAAGUAUGACAGCCUACUAAGACCACUUGAAACAAAGCUUAAUGUUUACUGUGAAUCUGCUGACAUUUCACUGACUGAUCAACAGCUUCCAAUGUUUAUGAGACUGGCAACGUUAUGCCUCAGCCUUUAUUAUGGAACUCUAGAUUUGCCAGGGUGCAACUACAAACCUCACCCUGCAAAAAGAAUUGUUGAACAACAGGCAGUUUCCAACCCAAAUCUAAGUCUACCAUCCCAAACACAGGAGAUACCUCCUCAGACAGGAAAUCAACCAAAUCCUGUGAAUGACGAAGACUGGGUUAAUUGGAUGUGGUCUCUUGUACCUAAUUUAGCCGAUGACCAGGCUGUACAGCUCACCACCCCUCCACCAACACCUCUACUCAUGUUUGGAUUUUAUGUUUCUCAAGUAACAGUCACCAUUAAACUGACUGGAAGGGUCACUGAGGGAAAUUUCUUCGGGGGACAACGAUUUGAAUUUAAGCCUGUUUUGAGUUUUGAAUUCUCGGGAGGAGCCGCUGAGAUUGUGAUGAAAGGCGAUGAAUUUUUUGAUGCACAGGUAGGCAUAUCGUCUGUCAUGGGCUGGAACAUUGGUGACUGUGUCUGCGGCAGUUUGGAUGUAUCUCCAACAAAGGAAGGAAUUGAAACUGAUGAAAGGGAGGACAUGUUCAUCACCAUCAUCAGUCCUAAAGAAGAUUCUUCAGACUCAUCAGGAUUUCUGCGAGGUUCCCUGUUUGACAACACUGAAACAUCCUCUCUUGAAAUACCUGAACUUACAUUCAACGCAGAAGAAUUUGUAAAGGUGCACAAUGAAGCCCUUGCUCUCAGAAGAUAUGGGGCGUUAUUUCUCGACUACUUGUACACAAUGGAAAUUGAACCAGAAAGGAAUUCUGAAAACGAUGGUGAAAGUCAAGUAGAAGGGUUGGAAGUUGUUGGUGAAAUCCGACUUGUCAAAGAGUUGUCUCUCAAAAGGAUGAUUGUGGGUCCAACACAUGUACAGCUCUCUUCGAGUAUGAUGCAUAGAAUGGAGCUAGUUUUGAAGUUGUCAUUUGAGGAUAUCAUCCCAAGGAAAGAGAAAUGUGAGCCAUUCUAUGAUGAGUUUAUCGAGAAGCAGCUUCUGGCAGGCAAUAUUCCCAGCCGUCAACUCAACAUCACCUUGUUGUCUUUCUCUGCUACACUGCCAGCUGCUGAUCAUGGAAGGAUGCUGUCAGGUCCUUCUCAGGUGCAUACAAGCGGCAGCAGUUCAGAGCUACAUGCUCUCUCCUCACAGCUGUCUUUGCAGAGCAUUCAAGAUGUGGAAGAUAAUGAUGCAGUCCCUCAACCAGCAUGCAUUGUUCAGAGUAGCAGAAUUGACUUUCAAAACACACAACCCAUGUACCCAACAGAGCUCAUUAAACUGACCAUUUCCAAUGCCGCGUAUCCUGCUGGAAAAGUCAUGCUCGCGUGUGCAUACACUGAAAUGUCUGCCCAGUUUUUUGGCAUUCAAAUGAAUCUAUCUCAGCUUCACUCAGAUGCAGCAGAGGUUCCUCUGUUCAACAUCAUUCCACCAUUUAGUGUGGCUGGAUCAUCAAGAGCCUGUAUUUUGCCAGAGUCUUGGGGUGGAGCUGAACUCCUGAAAAAGGAAGGUAACCUUGAAGUACCUACCUGGCAGACCCUAGUUACAAAGCCUCAGUUUGUACUUCUCUCUUGUAUUACUGAGUCUUGGGUUAACAGCAUGACGAAAGAAGGAAAAGUGGCUUCAGUUCCCAAAGCAGUAAUUGACAAUGUUUUCUACCCAAUUGAACAUGAGCCAGCUAGUGUGCAACCUGAGCUGCAGUUUAGAGUGUCCAACAUUGAAAUGCAAUUUUGUGAGACUCUAACUGUGAUUGGUGCAAGUGGUUCAGUUGGUGCUGUCGCUGCUUCCCUUGAGUCAUCUUGCGAGUCUAUCAGCGAAACAACGCCUUUCAUAGAAGGUCCGUCAGAUACAUCAGAAAUGUACACUGGAAGUCUGUUCAGGUCGACACUUCUGCGGGAGAACAUCGUGGAGAGUAUAGGACCAGUGUUAAGCUUCACACUACAGGUGCCACAGGCUGCUAUCAGAAGUAGUGAUCCUGUGGCUCAGCCAGGUCCGCCAGGCGGUGAUCAUAUGGGCGGCAUAGUCCUGUUCCAUCUGAAAGGCAUUACACUUUGUCUUGAUCCACUGCUGUACAAAUGGAUCUCAUACAAAUCUCCUGCACCAAAAGCAACCCCACGUCACAAGUCAGAACGAGAGAAGACUAAGUCUACUAAGCACCAGUCCCUCACCAGGACUCCAUCAGCCACCACUCCCAGAAAGAAAUCAUUUGCCAGAGGUUAUGGGUCAAUUGCCUCGCCAGCAAAAGAAGAAAAAAUUGCCAGCAACAAAAAUGACAGUCCAACAAAACAGAGUCCACCGAGUGAAAGCACUCAGGAGAUGGUGGAUGGGAGAAAGAUGUUCGAGUCUUGGUUGUUUGACAAACUGCCUUUUAUAACAGCCAUGGAACUCCAGGUAGAACUCAAGAGUGUUGCUCUGUUCCUGCCAGAAAGACACAUAAUUCACGACAUCUCAACCAGCGACAUCGCUCUGAACUACUCCGUCCAAUCUUUAAAAAUCACCAGCAAUUCCUUCCCGUCCACCCUGGUCAUCUGUCUCCCAAGUUUCAAGCUUCACAGUGUAAACCACGAGCCCAUGUCAGUCAGACAGUCCCUACCAGUCAAGAUACGACACAGAGAUGCAACGCGAAGAGAAACUCUGCCUUGGACAUUAGAAGCAGAAAAUCUUGCAGUGUACUCAGUGCAUGUGAAGAAGAGCUUGCCAUUAACUGGAGAGGAGUACCGCCCCAUUGUGCAUUAUUUACUGUCAAAAGUUUCAUCCACCGCUGUGCUGGCAUCGGCUCGAACGUCUUCAGUGCCCAGUUCUCCUCCAUUGGCACCGCCCCAGUUCCUUAAGCCGAGUAGCGCGGGAGGUCGGAGGGUUUCCACUCUUGGGUUUUGUGUUCACACGGAUUUUCAACCGAUCGAAGUCAGCUGUUCCAGAAAGCAGAUGCUGCUUGUUGCCAACUUGUUAGAGGGUCUCCUGUCAACUUGCUUCACAAUCCCGACCUCGUCCACUUCCGCUGAUACUACUUCCGGUACAACAGCUCCAGUUGCAGCGACUCCCGCCCCAGAUCUCAAACGGACAGUUUCAGUCACUUCAUCAUCAGGCUUGGACCAAAUGGAAAGUGAGGUGGCGCCAUCAGAGAGCGUGUCUUCAACGGCAUUCUCACAGAUUCAACAGCCAUCUAACUCGAUUCGAGUUUCACUGUGGUUGCAAUGGACCAUUCCACGCGUCGUCGCGAAUCUUUACAGUCGGUCAGCGGUCGGUGAUUCCGCAGUGUGCGUCAGCGCAGAGUUGGAGGAUCUUACAGCCUCUAUUGACUACAGUGACACUAUGCUUCAGAUGCAGUACAAGGUUGGAGCUUUUAAUAUCUCGCACUUCGAACACAGCAGUACUGAGGGCUUCUGGAUACGUGGUCGUUUUAACGGUAUACUGUUCUCGUGCAAUGACAUCAUCUCGUCCAAGUCACUCUUCACAUCCACGAGGCGUCCGUCCAGCGGUCGCCGCGAGGUUCCAGGUCCCGGACCUCACGGUUUUCUCACUGUCAUGUACAAACGUUCCUCUCUUCACUUAAAGAGGCGAAGGUCGACUUCUGUCGAGAGAGCUGGUAAGGAGGAAGACUACUUUAAAGAUCAGCACGAGGUCCGCGUCAACAUUCAGCCAUUUGAUGUUGUGUUGUGGUGUCCGGUGAUCGUGGCAGCUCUGAACACGUUUGAUUUGAGCUUGUUAGACCGGUUUGGAUUUCUGUCUGAAAACAAUACAGUCGUAGAAAAGGCAGAAAGCGUGCUUCGUCUGAAGGACGACGAAGGAGGAGAAAAAACCGAGAGUGUGACCGUUAAUGUCGACCUUCUACCUCUUCUGUUUGUGAACAUGAGAAAUCUGAGACUAUUUAUCCCGAUUGUAUCAGCUGGUAAAGAGGCAGACGCAUUUCCCGAAACAGGAAAGGCGCAUUUCCAAGAAGACAUGACUGUUGUACAGCUGUCGACAGUCUGUGCUUCUCCUCAUCCGGACAACCCGAACUCAAGAACAGUUCUAAAUCGCGAGUUUUACGAGAAGUUUCGUAAAUUCGGCCGCCGUUCCAGGCAAGCCCUGGGUUAUGACAUUCAUGACGUACAGUAUCAAAUUGAUCUGUGCGGGUUCGGCGUGUGGACAGGGAGCUGGGGACAACUCUGUGGAAAAAUCAAACACGAGGAUGGCCUGGAACUAGUUGGGAUUGCUGUGGAUCAGAAUCCUGCGCUGGAGUGGAACACGCAAAUGUGGCGCGGCACAGAAGAGGUACACGUGACACCAAUCAUCUCCGGCUCAGACUUCAGAAUAGUGCUUGCGCCCGCGAUAUCAGUAGAAAAGAACGUGACAAUGAAAAAGUCGACUGUGUCUGAAAAUGUCCUGGUCUGCGGAUGGUCCUUAGAAUUCAAUGUGGUGACGGACGUCGACUGUUUCCUGAACAAGAAACAGAUUCAGCUUCUCCAGACUUUAUCCGCAGAGAAUCUGAAGGUCCUGUUUACUUGCUCCUUGAGUGCCCCUCUAAAAGACAGCGCAAAAACACCAUGUGACUCAUCUGUUGCCCUUGGUCCAGAGGACGUCUUCAGGGAACGCUUUGAUAAAAUCGACAGUGGGUUUGAAAGCUCGCGCACCAACUUAACUACAAAAUUCAGCAAAGGUGCGGGUGGGAUUUCUAAUGUCAGUCGAGGGAGGACUCAACACAACACAGAGAAAGCACCGGGAAUUGAAAAUGAAGUUCCGUGGGAGGUUUUUCUUACUGGUAGGAAACUUACAGCAGCCGUCUACAGCCGAAUUCCUCUGGACGAGAAACCUGCGGAGGAAGAAUUGCGUUCUAAGCCAAACUUGCCGGGAAGAGGCAAAAUUGCGCAGAUUAAGCCUGUUUUGCGAGUUGAGUUGGUUCACCCUGCUCUAACUGUGAACACGCAGUCCAGCGGACCGCGGAUUCAGGUGUCUUGUUUUGACGUCAGUGUUGCUGGAAAUUCUCCGACGACAGCAGGUUCUAUAUUCAAACCCCUCCCUGAUCCACAGGAUUACACUGCUGAGUGGUUCAGGAGCGGGGUUGGUGUCCCUGAUCCUCACAGUGGUAUUCUACCGUCACUGAUGACGGUCGACAUCACAGAUUUCUUGACCGGUCCAGCUGAAGUGUCUGUGGAACUGGGUCGAUCUGUUCACAUGAACUUCAAUCUAGAGAACGUAGAAGAGCUUACAGAAUUUAUAGACGGCCUAGUGCUUCCUGGUGAAGAGAAUUCAGUAACCGAGAGUAGCCAGACAGGUGCCUCAGGAAGGACCCUGUUCUUACGGUCCUUUAGUUUGUGUACCACGGACAUGUUUAUCCAACUGGAGGCCCCUCCCGUUCUGUCCCAACCCAAACUGCUAGGCUGUGCACUCGGACUCGAGGCAAAAGCUUCUCUGAAACCGGAUCUGCAAGGUAACCUAAAGAGAAUAGACACAAGACUACAGUUACAUGGUUUGGGUUUAUCCACUUCUGUUUACGACAGAUGCCGUUCGUUAAUUCAUCCAUUUAGCUGCUCGAUCGAUUUGGAGACCAUCUGGGCUCCACAUAGUCGAGACCUGUACGUCCGGAGUGGCUGUGGCCUUCCUCAGCUCUACGCGGUUCUUGAAGCUGGCUAUGUACAGAUCGAUGUUGGUCAAGAACAUGUGACUUGCCUCAGUCUCCUCGCGGAACUGUCUCAACAGUUUACCAGUCCACCCGUGGUAAAGAAGCAAGCUGCGGAGGCUGGUGCAGAAAGCAGCGAUCAGUCGCGUGAGGUGCCAGAGCAGGUUGUGCUGUAUCAGUCGUUUGAUGACAUCCGAGCCGGUUGCUUUAGAUACGUCACUGCUUCAGGGGAGUUAGACAUGCAUCACCCAGAGCCCGGGGAGAUAAUUUUUACUGCGGACUUUUGUGACAGACCUCCCACCAUGACCUGGAGGUACCCUGAGCCCCGAGCACUGUCGGCGGUUGAUCUUGUACCACUACCUUUGUCAACACCUGUUCUGGUCAACACGUUGAAUAUGGGGGACGAGUACCAGGUGCCAUGUGUUCUUCGUUACUGGGAUCCAACUCAGAAAUGUUACAUCACCUAUAAAGACUUCAACCUGUCAGAAAAUAACGCCACCUCCAUCUCUCUCCCUGACCCGUGCACGGCUCAUCCCUCGGAGGUGAUCGUCGCUGCUGAGUGGCAGAUGGUGGUUGAUGUGACUGUUGACAUUGAUUACCCAGAUGAUGGAAGUUAUGAUGGUGACGAUGACACGUGCUCAUCUUACGCCUCUCCAUACCGGUCUCUGUUAAGUGCAGCCUCAUUAGCAGCAUCUGUCAAGGUAAACUCGGUAGUGAGGCCCGCCCUUAACCCCGCCCUGUCAGCUCAGCUCAACAUCAGCAUGUUACAAGUCAAGUUUACUAACCAUGUGCACGCUAUCGGCCAAGCUAUUCCACAACACCUUGUUGGAUUUACCAUGGACUCCUCCCUGCCAACCGACCAAGAAUUCUUGCUACUGUCUGUCGAGGGACUCAACGCUGUCAUCAAGGAUGUGGGAGGGGAGGGAGGGUUUUUACAUGUACAAACUGAAUGGAACUGUCAUGCGCAGGUGUUGGAUUACGGGGACCUCACGUAUAGACCUCUCUUGAGCCCGUUUGAUGUAGGUCUCACUAUGGCUCUGUAUCACGAAGGAAGAAUCAAGCCACCAAAAAUUAAAGAUGCCCUCACUGGUCUCCUCGUGUGGCUGGAUGUUAGUCUGGAGGCGGGUACAGUCUUGACACAUGUCAGUCAAACUACGAUCCACACAAUCGCACUUUCCGCCAGAGCCUGGGGCCAAACUGGACUGAUUGAGGCUGAGAGGGUUAUUUUUAACCAUUACAUCAUCUGUAAUGACACGCACGAAGCUUUGAGGCUUGGUCAGGUGGACACUGAUGAAUCGUUGCUACUCGGAAGCCGUCAGGUUCAUUCGUACAGUUGGAGGACUCCGCAUACAGUGAAAGCCUCUCCCAGGCUACAUGUGUGCAUCGAGACCGAGGGAGACUGGCGCUGGUCUGAACCGUUUGAUAUCGACACUGUUGGUGUGUUUGGUCGAACAAUUCAUCACCGGCUUCACAGUGCUACUCUGUUUAUUGAGGUUAAACAGCUCUCUGGCAUGCAGAAGCAGAUCAUCAUUCGUGGAAGCCAUAUUAUCGUCAGUCGCUUGUCAAUCGAUGUUGAUGUGCAGAUUCUAACCAAUCCCACGCUGAGUUCUGGACAAUCACCCAAGGCGCGCUACCAGGUCCUUGAGGAUGUGUCCCUGCCAGCAAACACGGCGCUGCCGUCUUACGUCAUUUCACAUGGGGGACUAACAGGCAUGCGCAUCCGCAUUCCUAAUGGUACCACGUGGUCUGACACGUUACCGCUGGAGCACGUGGAAGGGGAGGGUAAAGGACAGCAUCUUAUUGUACAGCUUCUUGGCGUGAAGGAAUUCCAGACGUUUUAUUUCUGGUACAGUGUGGAGAAACCUGGAUCCCCGGACCAGAUACAGGUGACAUUAUCUCCACUUUUCGUUAUGCGGAGCCACCUCCCGGAACCAGUCCUUAUGAAUGUGUUCACGGCCAAAACCAACUCAUACUCAGUUCUCCAGCUCCAUGGCCGUGCACAGGAGCAGCAGAUGUACAGCCUGGUGCCGAACUCUUGGCAUCACUUGACGUUCCAGUUCAGUGGGUCAGGUCAGUGGUCCAGUCCUUCUGUGCCACUGAACACAACACUGAUAGAAUUAGCCAAUAGGAUGAAGAAUGACAGUAUGGUGGAAGAGGAACAACCGCUGGCUGAUAUUUGGCCGUACUGCAGGAACCAUCAGAAUUUAAGGCGCUCUGAAGUUGUUUUGGAGGAAAAACCUGAGUCCUCUUUAGUGAAGAACGUGUCAUUUGCUGGUCACGUGAACAACCAGAAAAUACAUCCCGAUUCCCCGGUGGAUGAACCACAAGACAUGCGUGGUAAGCCGUCUCCAAUCCCUCCUAUAGAGGUGCAGUGCCGAGUGGUAAAACGCUGGCCUCAUGUCAGCUCACUGUUGGUUGAAGUAUUACCUUGGUGUCUGCUGGUUAACAAUACUGCGGUGCACUUGAUCGUCAGGGACCUGGAUCGAGAUGUUACGGUCGAUUUACCGACUGGUUCAAUCGUGGCGCCUCACAGAAUCACGAGAAAGGUGCAAUUGGGAACCUACUUUGAAGGCAAAAUUUGUAGUUGGUCCGAAGCGGUGUCUUUCCCAUUGAGCAGCCAAGAAGCAUCGUCGAACGACGCCGAAGACAGCCUGUCUGUUCCGGUGGCGUUCGUGUUGGGUUCGGGUGAAAUUCGGGGCGCCAGAUGGUCAGUUACAUCUCGUAUGUAUCGUGGAAUCGAGAUCAUAUCGAUUGAACAGAGGUUUUACGUUAUUAACAAUGUUGGAAGACCUUUACUUGCUCAUCCUGUUCUGGUGAUGUCUGGUAAAAAGAUGCCAUCGAAUAACCUCAACAGAGCUACCCUACUUCGCUUGCCGAGCGAUCACAAUCAAGCCAUACCUGUGCCAACUUGGGACGUCCCGUCCCCAACAACCGUAGUACUUAACGAAGAAGGUAAUCCCUCGUUCAGUGGUCAAACAUCUCCUGUAUUGUUUCUGGCCUUAAAAGAAGAACAGCCUAUCUCAGGAAGCAAAGGGAACAACUGUAGAUGGUCACGUGCCGUUUUAAUCACACCGGAAGUGACGCGUCAAUCUGUCGCAGUAUCACUCGAUGAAAGCGCCACACUUCCGUUGGUCGUGACAUCAUACGUCAUGGAUGGCAUUGUUUACAUCGUUGUUGCCUCGGAUCCAGCUCCCCGUCUGCUCCUUCAAAACGAAUGCCCAUUCACACUUCAGUUUGGACAAGCGAUCCCCCCGCAGAGCCCCAGUCACGUGAGUGGUUCUUCAGAGAAGAUUGUUAUCAUGGAACAAAUGAGAGGCUUGGGUGAGAUUCCAGAAGUUGCGGCUUUCAGUUCCACUUACUAUGAACUUCCGAUCAUGCGCGAAUGGUUUGCUACCUCCAGUGAGGUACAGAGGCUUCCCGAACUACACAUUCAAGCGUUGUAUGACGUCAAUGUGGCCGAGAUAUCAGAGGAAGAAGGCGAGCAAGGCGAGCUUGGCGCCGAAAUGACAACUGAAGUCCCUCAGGGGUGGAGUAAAGGUUUUGAUUUGACUUCUUCAAAGGAGGCGUGUGUUAACUUGCCAGGGAGGGGGCAGGUUUUGAUAAGAGUAUCCAACGAACGUCUCUGUGCGCGUGUCAAAAUCCAGCCUUAUGGAGAGGAAGGUGUACGGUCUAACACAGUUCAGUGUGUAUCGCCCCCUCCAUCUGUUAUCCAUGCGGAGUUGUUCAUUUGCCAGCUUGGUGUGACAGUUGUAGAUGAAGUUACCAACUUCAGAAAUCCUUACGAAGUUCUCCGAAUGACCGCCGAAGGUAUCGUCGUGUCGCAUUCGGCAGUGCGAGAUUCUACGGAAGGUAAUCGUGAGUUGUCCCUGCGUAUUGGAGCAUUCCAGGUUGACAACCAGCUGCAAGAUGAUACGUACGAGUUUUCAGUAAUUCUUACACCAAGCAAUGGUCCAGUGACUCCCAGGAAAACUCCAUCAUUGAGAAGGACUGGUGCCCGUUCAAGAGCGAAACCGCUGGUCAGUAUCAAAUGCGUGUAUGAACCUGGCACAUGCGCAAAUGGCGUAUUCCUAAGUUCUCUAAGCAUUUCUCUUCAACCGCUGACAUUAUACAUUGAGGACACUAUUCUCUACCGUCUUGGUGACAUGGCUGUGUCAUUCCUACCUCCUUCCCAUUACUACUCGUCCACAUCACGAGGUAACCAAGAGAACAGUUCCCUAAAGGUAUUAGAUUUAACGUCUUCAAGUAUCCAGCCCAUCGUAAUGGGCGAGUUCAACGUCACUCCAGUGACAUUUAAUGUCACGCUACAUGGCUCGGCCAAGCUCUUCUUAUCAGUGGACGAUUCUCCGCUGUCACUCGGUGAGUUUCGCUUGUCUCCAGUUUUUCUACCCACCUCCGCCCUCGUUCAGAAGCUCACCUAUCAUUACGUGACCGCGGCAGUGUUCAAAGCUGGUUGGGUACUGGGCUCUUUGGAGCUUCUCGGGAAUCCCGCGGGUUUAGUGAGAAGCUUAAGCCAGGGAGUAGCUGACUUCUUUUACCUACCUUAUGACGGGUUGACCCGUGGCCCGGGUGCUUUCGUGUCGGGAAUGUCUCGAGGCAUGUCGUCAUUUGUCAGACAUGUUUCCACUGGUGCCCUGACUUCCAUCACGAGCCUGGCCUCAAGUAUGGCGAGGAAUCUGGAUCGACUCAGCAUGGAUGGGGAAUAUCUCCGACUGCUGGAGGAACAGAGAUGCAGAAGGCCAAAGAAAGUCUUAACAGGCUUAUCUCAAGGCUUGGGAGGGUUUGGUCUCAGUCUCCUCGGCGCCGUAGCAGGUAUAGUCGAUCAACCCAUCCAGGGAAUACGACGAGCCAACGAUGUGAGGGAGGCAGCCAGCGGUGUCAUUACAGGGGUGGGGAAGGGUCUGAUAGGUGUGGUCACUAAGCCGUUGGGUGGAGCAAUGGAGCUGGUGUCGCAGACCGGACAAGGAAUCCUGCAGGGCGCUGGCUUGACUCAGCUGCCAAACAGAAUGUUCACUCCUGGUGAAAGACUGGAGUGCUCCACAAAGAACAGCCAUUUGAAGUAUUUCUGGAAAAUGCUUCAUUACCAAAGAGAUAUCGAUCUGCUUCUGCAUUUGAACGCGACUGUUGUGACGUCAUCUGGGCAUGACUACGAUGGGACAAUUCUGCUGACCAGAGACACGUUAUUCAUCGUGGGCUCAGCUGUAGACGCCAUUCAACAAACUCUCUUUAUUCGGGACAUUGACUUACAAGAAGUCGAGGAAGACAACAGAGGUGUGGCCAUUGUGAACCAAUCAGUCAUCACAAAGGAAGAAGGUGAAGAGAUUGACGGGAUGCAUGACAGUGGUGAUGCAGACCGCUUGCGGCAGUUCCUUAGAGAUGCGCGGGCUCAGGCAUUGGAGCAGAUACCUUCGUUGGAUACCUCUGAGAGUAAUUUAACGUCUCCUGGUCAGAAAUUCGUGUUACUUGUUGACCCAAUGUUGAGGAGGACCCUUGUACUUGAGUUUCAUUCGGCGAAGAGGAAUUAUAAUUCUGAAACAUAGCGACGCCGAGUUCAUAAAUGUGUAAUUUAUAUUAACUUAUUCUUUAGGCUGAAUUUCAAAGAGGCGGCUUCGGGUGUCAGCCCUCUCGACUUCUCUUUAAUCUUUAAUCAAUAUUUAUACGCGGUAAAAAAAUUCAUCAGGUACAAUAAAUUCCAGUAAAAUGUCUAAGAUCCUAAACCUUUAGGACCCAAACUUCGUUUUGAAAGAUGAAUACACGAUUAAUAUUUCAGGCCACAUGAACUGAGAAAUCUGCUGUUGUUAGUAUCAUAGACACAGUACAACUACUCGGAUAAAUAACCUACAAUGUUGAAAUAGCUCGAAAUACAUGUUAAGUGUAGUCUAGUCAAGGCUAAAUGGGACACCUCAGAGAACCAUUUCAUCCUUUACGGGACUUGGGAAACUUUAAAACAUUUGGAAUUGGCAUCGAUUUUCAAAUUGUCCAAUAUUACAAUAUUUGAGUGUUGAUGACCUUUGGAAUAUCAGUGUUAAGAGGAAGUGCGCGGUCAUUUUUGUAGUCGCUAUCUGGAGCAAACAAAAGAUUGACGUUGUUGUAUCUCAUCUAGCCACCACUAGACUCUGACCUCCGGUUAUUUUUCUGUUGAUUGCACUGGAAAAAAAUAUCGUUCAGAGGACUCAGGAAACAUAUUACAGUAUUCAAAUGAACUCAUUCCACUUGAAUGGAUACAAAAUGUAACAGCAAUGGUCAUACACUCAUCUCUGCGAUUUGGCCAAAACCUCUUCACACGAGUUCUACUCUACACAGGUUUUAGUCAAACCGCGAAUAAAUGAUGUUGACCAUUCCUUUAUAAGCAAAGCAGGGAUGCAGUAGGGAUGGCGCAGUGGUGAGAACGCUCUCCUUCCACCAAUGUGGUCCGGGUUCGAUUCCGGCCUGGUGCCAUAUGUGGGUUGACUGUUGUUGUUGGUUCUUCGCCUUGCUCUGAGGGUUUUCUCUGGGUUUCCUCCCUCCAUAAGAACCAACAUCUCCAAACUCCAAUUCGACCAGGAUAGAGCACCCGCAUGAAAACCAGCUAGGGCUGGUGUGGGUUCCUCUCUAAUUAUUUAAUGCUUUAUUUUAUAUAGGGGGCUGGAUAUGGCGGAAAUCUUUUUAAUUGAACGCAAAAUAGUUGGAAAACAAACAGGUGUUUUCCCAAAAGCAGCAGGUUUUCUUGCUUCAAACAACGCCCGCGUUGAAAGGCUAGGAAUGUCAACUGACGUGAUAAAGAAAUUGUUAGUAUUUAAAGCAAUUAGAUUUCUAUUUAAAUAUAAGAUAUUAUAACUGGGCGUGGAAUAGGAUGUUGAUGUAAAUAUACAGUCUCUUCAAUUUAUUGUA